CUCAAAACUGUCGAAUUUCGACAUUUAAAUUGAUUCGAACUUCUCAAUGAUCUCCAAUGGCUUCCACCCCUCGAACACGCAAAUCGUCAACUCCGGUCACUCCCACCGUCAAUCUCAAACCCUCAAAAACUCGAACUUCGCCGUAUCCACCGGCGUAUUCUCCUUCUACUUCUACAGCGCCUAAGUCUCAUUCCUCGUCUCUCGAACCAUCCCCAGGAUUCUUCCCUACCUCUAGGGCUGAAUUCCUGAGGCUCGUCGCUGUAAUCUCCAUUGCCGCCUCCAUCGCAUUCACCUGUAAUUACAUCUUUGCCGUUAUCAAUCAACAGCCAAAGCCCUUUUGUAAUAGCAAUUCAGAAUUUGAUGACUCCUUAUCUGACUCCUGUGAGCCUUGCCCAAGUAAUGGAGUAUGCUCUGAAGGCAAAUUGGAGUGUGCCCUUGGCUACCGGAAGCAUGGAGACUUAUGCAUAGAAGAUUCAAAAGUUAAUGAAGCAGCCAAGGAACUUUACAAAUAUGUAGAAGCUCACGUGUGUGAGGAAUAUGCUCAACACUUCUGCAGUGGCACUGGUGUUAUUUGGGUUCAAGAAGAUGGGAUUUGGAAUAAAUUCGACGAGAAUAAGCUGAUGGAAUAUUAUGGCUUGAGUAGCAUUACAUAUGGUCAUGCAAAGCAGAGAGCAAUUGAGGCAAUUGGUAAAACCCUUGAGAGAAGGAUUGACCAGCAUGGAAUUAAGGAGUUGAAGUGUCCAGAGCUGCUAGCUGAAAAUUACAUACCACUUUCUUGUCGUGUUCAACAGUGGAUUGUAGAGCAUGCUCUAGUGUUACUUUCUGCUUCUGCAUUGCUUGUUGGGUGUGUCAUAAUACUUUUGAAGGUCAGAAGGAAACACUACUUGUCAGUCCGAGCUGAAGAACUUUAUAAUAAGGUUUGUGAUGUACUUGAAGAGAAGGCACUGAUUGCAAGGGAUUCAAACAGUGAGGGUGAACCAUGGGUGGUUGCUUCGUGGUUGCGAGAUUAUCUUCUUUCACCCAAGGAAAGAAAGGACCUGUUGUUGUGGAAAAAGGUUGAGGAGUUGGUUCGUGAAGAUUCACGUUUAGAGCUGUACCCUAAGGUGGUGAAGGGUGAACCUAAGUUGGUGUGGGAGUGGCAAGUUGACGAUUUUCUAAGCUCAUCUGGAAAGAAAAAGGCGCGGGGUGAGAACACGCCAUUGACAGGUGAACACAUAUCUUUUCAACCGAAACUCUGGGCAUCAACGCCUGCUGCUGAAGUUCAUAGCUGAGGUGGUUUUCCAGAGGCCGGUGAACAUGGUUGUAUGUAUGUUAACACAAAUCAUUGUAAGUUCUCUUACACUGUAGAAUCUGCAUCUUCAAUAUAGUAGUUUGGAAACACGAGAAAAGAAUGGACAAAUAUGACUUACCUAAUACAAAUUUGAUAUUCAUUUAUAAUCCCUAAUAUGAAAAAAUUAAAUAAGAAAAGAUCUGAACAAAGUAGCUCUUGUGUGAAGUGCAGGAAUUCAAUAUAGUUUCACUA